AUGAAAUAUAUUGUUUCAUUAACGUUUCUUGUUUUCAUAAAAUGUGUUAACAUUACAAAUAUUGAGGCUUAUCGACAAAAUGGAAAAUUUGUAUAUCGUGGAAAUAUUUCCUACUCUGAUGAAUCUUUGCUGCUGUACGAGCUCUCACCAACAAUAACGGAAAUUUCAUUACGUUAUUGUGCUUCUGAAUGCUACAAGGACUUGGACUGCAAUGCUGUGGAAAUAUGCUCAUCCGUGGCGGGAACCAUUUGCCGACUGAGUAAAAGUAUUUCAACUUCUUUAGUUAAUGGUCCAAAUACCUGUACUCGUCACGAAAUGGAACACACCUGCGGAUCUGUCUCCUAUUACAAUCGACGAAGAAAGAUCUGUCAGUGUGUAUCAGAAUGUGAUUGUAGCACCGCCACGCCCUCUGUCGGAGGAGUGUUGAGUUACAAAUUGAAUUUAUAUGGGCGUGUAAUCUUAGCCAACUGUAUGAACACUGGAGGUCAUGUUUGGACGAUGAUACAAAGAAGAGUUGAUGGCUCUGUGAACUUCUUCAGGGGAUGGGCAGAAUAUAAAAGUGGAUUUGGUGACCUCAAUACUGAGUUCUGGAUAGGUCUAGACAACAUCCGUUUCCUGGUUACAAAUGGAUUUACAGUUCUUCGUGUGGAAUUAAAAUACGGUGCAGAAUCGGUUUAUGCUGAGUACAGUUGUUUCUAUAUAGCAGGGGAGGAUGACAACUACCGAAUCCAUGUGUCUGGUUACAGUGGAACAGCAGGGGAUGGAAUUUCAUGUACAACCGAUCACUGUAACAAUGAUGCCCAGUUUUCGACCUUUGAUAAUGAUAAUGACAGCGAAGGUUCUGCAAAUCAUGCCCAAAGAUGGCUAGGAGCCUGGUGGUAUCACGAUGGACAUCGGUCAAAUCUGAAUGGAGAAUAUGGAAAUAAUAAUCAUGGAAAAGGCAUCAGCUGGUUUUAUUUCAAAGGAUGGUCCACGUCUCUGACUGGUUCCCGUAUGAUGAUUCGCCGGAUCUAGAACAUAGUUACACAGGAUGAAACUCUGUCAUUCAGUUAACUGAAAGGUGACUGAAAAAUUACUGAAAGGUAAUUAAACGGAAGAGCUCUCUCAUUCAGUGAUCUUUCCAGACCUUUCAGUGAGUAUUCAGUUAACUGAAUGUCAGAGUUUCAUCCUGUGAUAUACUGUAAAUUCUGAAAGGUUCAGAUGUUAUUUAGCAUUACAGAAGUACAGUUAAACAUGUGUAAACCGAAUACAUAUAUAACGAAAGUGUGCUUAUAACGAAGUCAUGUUUGUAGCCCAAAUGCUAGUAAUGAAGGAGUUGGUACAAUUCUAACAUGAUAAACAAUGUGCAGAAAAAAGGAAUUUCACAUGUCACAAGCGUUUAGCUAUAAUCGUGUUUUGAUAUACAGUGUAAGGUGAUAAAGUGAGGAAAAACAAUUUCAGCUGUUACAUACAAGUAGUUAUAAAUUGCAUGAGGUUGUGCAUAAGUAUAGCCUUAAUAUUUUUGAGUUUCAUUUGAGUUUUAAGUUGAUUAUUGUAUAUAUACAUGCAGACAAUGGUCUCAUUUUUUGUGUUUACACUUGAUUUUGUAUCAUUACAUGUAGCCCCAACCUUGAAAGGCGUAAUAGUUGUCAACGGUUAAUAGUUUCUUUUUGUAUGUUUACAUGUUUACUAGUGCAUAUUCCAUAUUUCACGUGACUCGUGCACGUCAAAUCUCGAGAAUUGGAAUUCGCAAGUCAAUGUUUACAUGUAUCAUGUUACUCCAACAAAAAAAAGCAAUUAAUUUUAUUCCGGAAGUGAUUUUUGCUCGCCAAAUUACAGACGACAUUAAAUUUCCUUUGUAUAUUUGGGAAUCUUUAAGGGAUGGUCAUAACACAAAGACAGAACAAAAAAGAUAUAUUAUUUCAUGAUGUUUAAAUGAAUUAAUGAAGGAGAUCGGUUGUUAGUUUAUGUUAUUUAAACAUUUAGGAUUGUAU